ACAAUGCGUCUCCUACCAUUGGCAAACGCUAGCGCUAGUGUUGCAAACUUGACGGGGGCUUGCCUGAAACAAGUUUUGUACCCAUGGGCUUCAAAGACCGUCGAUGUGACGCGUACGCAUGAUUUCAUGCAAGACAUUGGUGGAAACAAGGGACACCUGAUUGGGAGCGACCAAGUUUGAGUCAGGAGCGUCAAGAUUGGGUCGGAACUAGACGGUUUUUUUCUUGAAAUUCCGCUACGGUAAACGAAUAACUUUAAGGAACCUAAAUGAGAUUUGGAGAGUGGGGAAAGAGCCAGGACAUCUCGUACGUCCAUUCCAACCGCCAUCAACUACAAUGAAUUGGGAGGUUUUCGACUAUAAAACGGAAUGAAACCCAGAAACAGGUAUCAGAAACUGUACAAGUAUUCUCGAGCACACAUCAACAUGAAGGCUUUUGUUGCUAUCCUCUCCAUUUUGGCUUUGGCCGCCGCUGAUCAAUCCAGCCAUCAAACCAUCAAGCACGGCAAUGCCCCGGCUGUCCACUCCUCCAUCCACAAGCCCCAUGGUCGUGCCCAUGCCCGUGUGGUGAGCCAACCCUCCGCUCAGCCCAAUGAGGUCAACCAGCCCUACAAUGAGGAGAAGUACACCGCCGCUGCCCAUGCUCCCAGCCACGAGGUCCGCACUCCCGCCUACCACCCAACCCCCGCUUACAAGCCGGCUCCCUACCACCCAGCUCCCGCUUAUAAGCCCGCCCCCGUUUACCAUCCAGCUCCCACUUACAAGCCCGCUCCUUACCACCCUGCUCCCUCUUACAAGCCCGCUCCUUACCACCCUGCCCCCUCUUACAAGCCCGCCCCUUACCACCCUGCUCCCGCUCAUGGUCAUGGUGAUGAGUAUGAAACCGCCCCCGUCUACCAAUACGGUUAUGCCGUGGCUGAUGACUACUCCGGUGCCAACUUUGCCCAAAACGAGAACCGUGACAACUAUGCCACCAACGGCGAGUACCGUGUGGCCCUUCCCGAUGGUCGCACCCAAAUUGUGAGCUACAACGUGGCCGAUGCUUAUUCCGGUUAUGUGGCUGAUGUCAGAUACGAAGGAGAGGCCAAGUAUGAGCCAUACCACCCAUCCCCCAAGCCCGCUUACCACCCUGCUCCCGCUUACCACGCCUAAGCCUGUCAUGUUGAUGAUAUUUAUCGCAAAGCAUAUUUAUCAAUAAAUCUUGCAAGCCCCUUAA